AAUUAGAUCGAGAGAGAAGAGAAGGAGAGAGAGGGGGGAAAGGAGACGAGAGAGGUACACAGAAGGAAGAAGGACGAAAAGGACGAGAGAAAGACAGAAGACAUCGGAGGGGGGAGGAGGGAAAAAUCGAAAGCGAGACACAAGCACGACUGCUGACGACUGAGCGUGAGAGCGAGACAAAGUGUGCGUCCGGGGCGAUGUGGAGGGACGUUUUCUCCUAUUGAUUGAGCUCCGAGCACGUGAGAUCCAGGUAUUCGGGACGCUUCGAAUUCUCCCGUCACGCGAACUCCCCGACGUUCCCUCUGCGCCAGUCUUCCUCCUCCGGGACGCCCCUUAGACCUCCGGCCCUCCCGCCUCUCGCCCUGUCGCAAGUGACGAGGAAAUUACUUCUGGCGGCAGCGGGAGACUUCUGAGUCGAAGUUAAAGACGACCUUCCGGCCUCCGCGGGUAUUUUGAGGCCGACGGAUUUAGCAUCAAAGCGCCGCGGGAGGAGGCGCCGGGGCUCGUGCGCCGGCCGGCUGGGUAGCGAAGGGCGCGAAUGAGGACAGGAUACGGUGCCUCCUGUUCUCGGCUUUCGUGGUUGAUGUGAACCCUGGGCUGUUAUGACUUUAUUGGACAACUAGCGUGAUGAUUUUGAUGUUGUUUUUUUUAGAUAUAUCAGCCGUCUGUUGCCAUUGCUAAGGGAGGUUUAAGGCAACAGAGGACAAUCUGCGCCUCCUUCGGUGAUACAACCUACCGUCGCAGUUUCUAUCGGUGUCGCAACCCGGCCGGCGUCUGUCCGACGUUUCCUUCCCCUCGAAGGCCUCCGGGCGCCGAUGAUCGGAGGCGGACGAAGGCCUCCUGCAUGACCUCCGGCCACUCGUCCUUCCCCCAUGAGUAGGAUCAGGCCCCUAAAGUCCAGCAAGAGUUCCUCGAGCUCGUGCCAGCCCGUGACGCUGCGCGGGAUGGCGAGCAACGGCGCCGGCGAGGGCGAGGCGGCCGGCCCGUCGCCCUCCACCGCCACCACCGCCUUCACGCCCGGCGCCUCGGCCUCGAAGUGCUCGGCGGGCGCCUUCGAGGCUGAAGCCAGCGGCUUCGGCACCGUCAAUCCGCUCUUCCUCGACACCGACGACGAGUGUCUGCCCGACAACCUGCCGGCGCCGCUGCGGCCCACGAUCCCCGCCAGCCAGUCCAUGCCCUCCAUCUCGCAGGGCCUCGCGGCCUCCCCGCUCGAGUCGUCCGCCGAGUGCUUCGCCGCCGCCGCCGCCGCCGACAGCAGCCCGCACUCUCCCGUGACGCCCAACCUCACGCCGCCCCCCAACACGCCGCUCUCGCCCCUCUCGACGCCCUCCAGCCCAAAGCGGCGGAAGAGCCCGACGUCGGGGCAGACGCCGGACCCCAACCCGCUGAGCCCCGACCUGGUUCCGCCCCCCAACACGCCGCUGUCGCCUGGCUCCUACCCGGCCAGCCCGCACCAGAGCCUCGGCCUGCCCAUCAACAAGGACGAGACGGGCUACCUGCAGAACGCCAGCCCCGGGAGCAACGGGCCCCUCGACAACAUCCUCAGCCCCGACCCCGUGGACCUGACCAACCUCCGGCCGCUCGCGGGCGACGCCUUCGCCGCGGACUGCAAGAUGCCACGCAAGCUCUUCCUAACAGACAACAUGAAUAAGGCGGAGGCCGUGAUCAAGGAGCUGGUGACGCUGGGCAACGGCGUCUACGACGAGAGCAGCCAUGACCGGAACGGCAACCGACCGCCGGCGCCGAAGCGGUUCCACGAACACCUGGUGAAGUCGGGCGACUGGAGCGCCCUGCAGGACCGAGAGAAACGCAUCGCCGCCUGCUGGAACCACACCCUGCACGAGGAGCAUAAGCACAGCCCUUCCAAGAACGCGCUUCCCCUCUCCGAGAACAGGGUGCAGAAGUCCUCCAACGGCCCCGUCACGAAGGGCAAGCACGGCGCGCAGAAGCAAAGCGACAAGAAGAGGGCCAGCAAGACCUCCGCCGCCAACGAAAGGAAGCCACUCCUUCUCGAGCAGCGAAGGGGGUGGGACUUCAAGCAAGGGACACGCUACAGGAAGCUCAAAAUCCCAAUGAUUGACGACGACGACGACAACUACAGGAAGCCUGACUCGCCCAGGAGCAGCUCAUCCUCGUCCUUCUCCCUCGACAUACUAACUACGGAUGGAGCGGCGCAAUUGGCUGAGCAGCUUUGUGACGUCACGAGCGAGGCGGGCAGGCUCAUCACACAAGAAGUCCGAGAGGUUUGUCAUUUCCUUUAUAUCAACUAUCCCUUUUUGCCUUUUUUUCAUUUUCGGAUUCGGUUAUUCAUGUCUUCCGAAUUAGGUCUGAUUUUGCGCGCUUCAUGCUGAUUUAGAAUAUUAUCUGCCUUUCUAUCAACGGCAAUUUGAUCUGAAGUUCAUGUAUAUAAUUGUGACUAAAAAUAUGGCUGAUAUGAAGGGAAUCAUGGUGCACAUAAACGCACAUAAUCACACAUUCAGGGCCAACUCUAACGGAGUGUGCGUGUGUACGUGCGUGCGUGUGCGCUUACCAAACUACGUUAGCACACUUAAAUCGAUUAAGUCGCAAUUACCUAUACAAUUUCGCUUGA